AUGACGUUGAGUCUGAUGAAAGGUAAGCUGAAGGGUGCUCAGCAGGGACAUUCGCUGUUGAAGCGUAAGUCUGAGGCCUUGACAAAGAGGUUCAGAGAUAUCACCAGACGGAUUGACGACGCCAAGAGAAAGAUGGGACGGGUGAUGCAGACGGCUGCGUUCUCUUUGGCAGAGGUCUCGUACGCCACCGGUGGCAACAUUGGGUACCAGGUUCAAGAGUCUGUUAACAAAGCAAGAUUCAAGGUGCGUGCUCGCCAAGAGAACGUUUCUGGAGUUUACUUGCCGCAGUUCGAAGCUGACAUCGACGAGAGCAUUAACGAUUUCAAGAUGACUGGAUUGGGAAGAGGAGGACAGCAGGUCCAGAGAGCUAAAGACGUGUACACCAAGAGUGUGCAGACACUUGUGGACCUGGCCUCUUUGCAAACGGCAUUUGUUAUCCUGGACGAGGUGAUCAAGGUGACCAACAGAAGAGUCAACGCAAUUGAGCAUGUCAUCAUCCCACGUACAGAAAACACCAUUUCCUACAUCAAUUCGGAGCUGGACGAGCUUGACAGAGAGGAGUUUUAUCGGUUGAAAAAAGUCCAGGAGAAGAAACAGGAGGAGAACGCCAGAAUAGACGCAGAAAACGCUGCCAGAAAACUUAAAGAACAGGAACGUCACAUCUCGGAGGAGGACCAGCUCAUGCCCGAUCUUACUGCCGAGGCAGAAGACGACGUGAUAUUUUAG